AUGAAGAAACAAAGUCACACUAACGAAUGUGAAGACGACUCUGGAGAUUGUGAGCAAAACUGUGUGAAUACAGAAGGUUCCUACAAGUGCUACUGUGAUGAUGGUUAUGUAAAAUCUUCAUUUAAAGAAUGUGAGGAUAUAGACGAGUGUGAUGUAAUACCAAAUGUCUGUGAUGGUGCUGACUGUUUGAAUGGAGAUGGUUCCUAUUAUUGUGAAGCAGACUCUUCAAAGAAAGCCUCAGAAAAGCUUCUGUCACUCUACACAGAUGUUUCAUUGACAUUAGAUGUUUGUGGCCUUGGACAUUUUAGAAACAAUGUGGUAUUUGCUAAGGUUAAACAUGACCAUCAAGUCUCUACUUUGAAAAAUGUUGCUGAAAUUGUGGAAGAAAGUUUCCUAGAUCAGGACAUUAUCUCCCCUGAUCAAAGAGGAUUUAAACCACACAUCACUAUUAUGAAAUUGUCUAACGUCAAAGGCUCUAUGAAGAAAGGUACAGUAUAUGACAUUCAAGGUAGAGGCAUUUUCUAUCCUAUGUGCAUGAUUAGAGGUCAACUAGGCAAUAUACAGACCCAGUGUUUAUCCACAAAAGAUAAGACGUGUUCUCCUAUUUCUUAUUCUACACGAGGUGACUCCCGGG